GGCUACAUGCUACUAUUGUCCAACACGAGAGCUGGCUAUUUGCAAAAUAAAGGUAGCCUUCUGUGUUGGUGUUAGCCGCUGUGUGGGACUGAUACGUGCAGCCGAAACAAGGUGUUCUUUCAAACCUAAAAUGAGCGGGUAAUAAUCAGCGGCACCUCUGCUUUGUAUCUCCCGGGCAGCGGUGGUUCUUCGGCGGGCUGAUGCUGGAAGUCCUCGCCGAUAAGGGAGACCUCAGGGCGAAGAGGAGAAGGGACGCGAAAAGAGGAAAAGGCAGGGGAGCAUUUUAAUACCAAAUCGGGACACAUGUUGAGCUAAGGGUCCGCUCCACCCCCACCCCUUCUCCUCUUCUUCUUCUUCUCCUCCCAAAUGCGUUUGUUCCCUCUAUCGUUUUCCCGUUACUAAUUUCUCCGCGUGAGGAUAAAGCCUGAAGACGUCCUCUCCGGCUUCAAGGAUCCUCACGCGCCGUUCCCUGGGACCAAAAUGGAUCUCAGCAAAAUUGCUGUCAGCAUCAAUAAGGCCAUCAACACACAGGAGGUCGCUGUCAAAGAGAAGCAUGCCAGGACCUGCAUCUUGGGUACCCAUCAUGAGAAAGGCGCCCACACCUUUUGGGCAGCAGUCAACCGGCUUCCUCUGUCCAGCAACGCCGUGCUCUGCUGGAAGUUUUGCCACGUCUUUCACAAGCUGCUGCGAGACGGGCAUCCAAACGUGAUAAAAGACUCCAUGAGGAAUAAGGCUGAUCUAACCGAUAUGAGCAGGAUGUGGGGUCACCUGAGUGAAGGCUAUGGGAAGCUGUGCAGCAUCUACCUCAAACUGCUCAUCACCAAAAUGGAGUUUCACAUCAAAAAUCCCCGUUUCCCCGGCAACCUGCAGAUGUCAAACAGACAGCUUGACGAGGCAGGAGAGAAUGACGUGAACAAUUUCUUCCAGCUGACAGUGGAGAUGUUCGACUACCUGGAGUGUGAGCUCAACCUCUUCCUUGGUGUGUUCAGCUCUCUCGACAUGUCUCGGUCAGUGUCAGUGACAGCAGCAGGUCAGUGUCGCCUGGCCCCCCUCAUUCAGGUCAUCCUGGACUGCAGCCACCUGUACGACUACACUGUCAAGCUGCUGUUCAAGCUGCAUUCCUGCCUUCCAGCUGACACUCUUCAGGGUCACAGAGAUCGCUUCCAGGAACAGUUCAAGAAGCUAAAGAGUCUCUUCUAUCGCUCCAGUAACCUGCAGUAUUUCAAGAGGCUUAUUCAGAUCCCACAGUUGCCAGAGAACCCUCCUAACUUCCUGCGUGCAUCAGCUCUGUCAGAGCACAUCAGCCCUGUGGUUGUGAUCCCCGCCGAGUCGUCAUCCCCGGAGUCAGAGCACGUGGUGGAGACAGACGACUUGGUGGAUACAGACGUCCCCGUUCUGCCGGCUGCUGUGGAGACAAAAUUUGACGACCUGUUUGGCACCUCAGCUGCGAUAGACCCCUUUAACUUCAACAGUCAGAAUGGAAUGAGAAAGGACGACAAGGACCUUCUGAUUGAACAGCUGACGCGAGAGAUUCAGGCCCUCAAAGACGAGCUGGAGUCCUUCAGACUGGAGAGUGGCCGCUUGUGCCAGGCGCUGCGGGGGCGUGUCAGUGAGCUGGAGGCGGAGCUUGCAGAGCAAAGCCACCUGAGGCUGCAGGCUGCAGGAGAGAGCGAGUUCUUGAAGGCGGAGUUGGAUGACCUACGAAGGGUCAGAGAGGACACAGAGAAAGAGCAGCGGAGCCUGACUGAGAUAGAGAAAAAGGCUCAGGCCAACGAGCAGCGCUACACCAAACUGAAGGAGAAGUACACAGAGCUGGUUCAGAGUCAUGCAGACCUGCUGAGGAAGAACGCAGAGGUGACCAGACAGAUGACGGUAGCGCGGGCAGCUCAGGAUGAAGUAGAAGCAGUGAGGAGAGAGAUGCAGGAGAAGGUGAAAGCUGCUCAGGAGGCUGCAGACCAACAGGAGAGGGAGCAGCUGGAUCAGCUUCAGGAGCUUCAGAGGGAGCUGGUGUCCAGCAAGGCAGAGCUAGACUCCCUGAAGACCACCAUGGUGUCAACACAGCAGGCUUCAAGUGAGGUUCUCAACACCCAGCUGGCCACCCUGGAGUCAGAGAAGGCGGAGCUGGUGCAGUCUCUCUCAAAGGUGGAGGCGGAGCUGGCUGUCCGGGGGGAGGAGUUAGAGAAGGUCCAAAGCUCUCUGGCGACUGAGCGGGAGAGUGGGGUGAAGACGGCUGAAGCUCUGCAGAAUCAGCUCAAUGAGAAGGAGAGUAGGGAGCAGGAGCUGGAGAGCCAGCUGGUUGCAGCUCGAUGGUCUAGUCUGCAGGGAGCUGUGGAGGAGGCUGAGAAGAUCAUACAGGACUCACUCGCUCAGAUAGAUGACCCGGCACACAUCAGCUGCACCAGCUCUGCAGAUUACCUUGCAUCACGAUGUCAGGCCUCAAUAGACUGUAUGGACCGGCUGCACUCUGCCAGAAACUCUUUUGUAGCUGACAACACAGGUGUCUCUGAGCUGGUGCGAGUUGUGACCCAAUGUGGCCACCUGGUGGGUGACACCAUCGUUCAGGGUAGUGCCACCUCCCACAUGGUGCCUGUGGAGCAAGCUGAUGCGCUGUCAGAGAGCGUGAAGGCGUGUGGGGCCGAAGCUCUGGCUCUGCUCAGCCAAAUGAAGCAGCAGGAUAGCAUAGCAGCAGCAGACAACGGCAAGCUGAAGGCAGCGCUGGAGGCCAUCCUGGCUACUGCAGUGAAAUUGCGUCCCCGGGGUUUGGAGCUGCAGCAGGGGGAGCUGGGAGAUCUCGUGGAGCAGGAAAUGGCGGCCACUUCCGCCGCUGUAGAAUCGGCAGCUGCCAGGAUAGAGGAAAUGCUCAACAAGUCUCGGGCGGUUGAUACAGGAAUCAAGAUGGAGGUCAAUGAGAGGAUUCUGGCCUCCUGCACAGAGCUGAUGCAGGCGAUCAAAGAGCUCGUUUUGUCUUCCAAAAAUCUGCAAAGGGACAUCGUGGAGAGCGGCAGGGGGGCAGCCUCAAUGAAGGAAUUUUAUGCUAAGAACUCCCGCUGGACCGAGGGCCUGAUCUCUGCCUCUAAAGCAGUGGGAUGGGGCGCUACGGUCAUGGUAGACGCUGCUGAUCUGGUGGUGCAGGGCAAAGGGAAGUUUGAGGAGUUGAUGGUGUGUUCACAUGAAAUAGCUGCCAGCACAGCACAGCUAGUGGCUGCCUCAAAGGUAAAGGCAGACAAAGACAGCGCCAACCUGCACCGUCUGCAGCAGGCGUCCCGUGGCGUCACACAGGCCACCGCAGCUGUUGUGGCCUCCACAAAGUCUGGGAAGUCCCAGAUUGAAGAGAAAGAUACAAUGGACUUCUCUAGCAUGACUCUCACUCAGAUCAAACGACAGGAGAUGGACGCACAGGUCCUGGUCCUGGAGCUGGAGACCCGUCUGCAGAAGGAGCGAGAGCGUCUCGGCGAGCUGAGGAAGAAACAUUACGAGCUAGCUGGGGUGGCAGAGGGCUGGGGCGAGGAGGAAGAGGGCACAGGUUGAGACUCAUAGCACUUGUUGCCCUCCUCUUCUCUCUGCCUCCUUCAAUCUACACACACAUUUUUCAGUCUCUUUCUCCCUUGUUUUCUUCUCUGGUUUCUGUUUAUCUAAGCCAAAUUCAAAGGUGCUUCUUUUUUAAAACCUGCUUCUUCACCCAUGUCCGUAAGCUUCCAUAGAGCGGCACUAAGGGCUCAGCGACAAGGCAAGGGCAACUAAAGGGAGCAACAAAUGGAUGUAAUGAACAAAAAACAAGACUUCACUGCCUCACACCCCCUCCUGCCUUCCCCCUAGGACUACAUUUGGUGUAAAGAGCAGUCGGAGUGGAUCAAUUCUACAGAGUAUUUAUUAUUUCUUCACUGUUUUUUGGAUAAUGGAGCUUAAUCGAGGAGUCACAGCUACAGACGCUACAAGCACAAGUUCUACUAAAGACAUCCCAGGAUGCACCGCACAACGGGCUGAGCUCUCAGCAAGAAGGGGGGAUCAGUGACUGUUGCUGCCCUGUCCCAGCCUCUAAAUCCACACCUCUGUGUGUCAUAGAUGGCAUGCAUGCAGUGUUUUGUAACAAGUUGUGAGCUUACAAAGCUGCUCUUUAUGUGUUCGUGCAGUUUUAUAAUUUCUUCCUCUUCUUUCUUCACUGUGAGUUUUCACCGUCGUAAGUCCAUACUCGCUUCACCGGCUGGUACACUGGACUUUCUGCCUUUUCACUUCUCCACCAUUGUACCGACCGUGACUGUUAACUCAAGCUUAACUCCCCUUUUAUGUGUAUUUUUAUCGUGCUAAUUUUAACAGACGCUCAUAAGGAAACUCUUAAAGGGGCGGUUUCAGAACAGGAACGCAGCACCGUUUCUUUUGUAAUUCUUCUCCUCGUGAGCUGCAAGACGAGCAUCUACCUCAUGCUACAUCAACAGAGGUAGCGGUGCAUCAUGGGAAGAUCUGUUGAGAGGGAACCGUUGCCCAAACACUAAUGACAAGUGGUCAUUUUGCUUUUUUAUUGAUUAAGGGUGUUUUUAUAUUGAAAAAAGGAACAACACUUUGGUGUUUGCUUAUUUGUUCUAUUAGCUCUAACCUGGCGGAAAAAAGAAGAAGUUGUAAAAUAAACUGUACACCCUCAUUUUUUUGAAUACAUGUGGUCGAGCAGCAUUUCUGUCACCCAAGCAGCAGCUUCGAAUUUGGAGUCAGGAUUCAGUCGUGUGAUGACUGUACUCCUGGAGACUAAGUUGAAUCUGAAUGUCACUUUUGGAAGUUUGAGGCUGCACAAACCUUUUAAUAUGUAAAAUGUGUAAGAUUUAACUGAUGUUUCACAUUAUCCUGCCUCUUCUAAUCACUCUGCAGGUCUGGCAUUUGUGGAAUUCAUUGGACCACAGUGGACUCAGAAGUAUGCAGUACUCAAACUGCAGUGUUUUCAAACGCUUCCUUAAGACCAAGUAGCUGUGUACAUGAACUACAAGCCUUUUAAUGUUAGAUAUGAUUGCUCUUUCAUCUAAAAAGCAACACUCUUUGCAUCACUUCAAAUAAAAAUUCAGUUAAAUUGAAUUAGGGAUGCAAAAUGAUGUGCAGGAAAGUUGAACUAAUAGAAGUCAUUAUUUUUUUUCCAUGAAUGGUUGGUAUAUGACUGAAUUUUCCUACUGAGAAUGAUGAAAUGACUGCAGACAGAGGACUCUGUGAGAGGACUGAUCAUGCCUUGAGUAGGCAUCUUGUUUCCACCUUAUUUCUUUCUGUUUAACCUCGGUAAUGAUGACUGUUUUUGUCUUUCUCUGUGGCUUAACACACUUAGAUUUGAUGCUCAGCCUCAGCUGUGUGUAUCAUAUAGUAGUGACACUGGUUUAUUUAACAGACGCUGGUCUAAUAGUAUUUGCCUAUAAUUCUUAAAACUAUUUUGACCAGCAUAUGGGUGAGGAAAAAAGGUGUUUUUAUUAAGUCAACUUUAAUAAAUUUUUCCAUUUGCUGCUCCAACCAGGCUUAAAAACAGCAGGUAUUAUUUGCAGUACUGUUGUGUUCAGGUCUUUGUGAUUAAUAAUGAUUUCAGACUGUUGUGUCACUUCAGCCUGGGCGAAGCAGAAGUUGGAUUUAAGAAGUUUAUGAAUUGAUCCGGGGUUGUUGGUUUGUCUGUUUUUUUUUUCACUAAAUUCAAGUGUCUUUGCAGAUAAAUUGAAAGCACCUUGAAUAAUGUUUGGUUGUAUUUUCGCCCAAAUAUUCUUUAUAAACCAAUCUCUUUUGUGUCUUCUCUCUCUCUCUCUCUCUCUCUCUUUUUCUCUCUCUCUCUCUUUCUCUCUCUGGGGUCUGUGUCUGUUUUCGUACCAGCUCAGCCAGCCUUCCAACUGCCUCACACUGUAGUCAGAGAAACAAAUACUCCCAUAGCAACAUUGAGAUAAGUCUUUGUAUGAUAUACUAAAACUAUGUUGGUGGGUUUGUUUUUAUUUUUUCAGUUUUUGAAAUAAAUAUUUCAACUCGUUAAAAUGAA